AGCUACGGAAAGCCGCUCAGUCCGAGAAAGCUCGGAUUGAUCAUUAAAGCAGCAAACUACGCACAACUGUUCGCGGAUACAGGUGAAGAUAGAAAUUAUUUAAACCAGAAUGAGGAGCAGCAGGUGUAGUGUGCAGUGGGGGGGUAUGCUCCUCUUUUUGUCCUGCUGUUUUCUGUGCGCUCACGCUCAGAUGAACCCAGACCACCACCAUCAGCAGCAGAUCGUAGAAAGUGCAGCCAGCCAACAUCGCCUGGAUAGAAACAUGGUUCAAGACAAAGACCACAUCAUGGAGCAUUUAGAGGGCGUCAUAGACAAACCAGAGAAAGACAUGACGCCCCAGGAGCUCCAGCUGCACUAUUUCAAAAUGCACGAUUACGAUGGGAACAACCUGCUGGACGGGCUGGAGCUUGCAACAGCAAUCUCACAUGUACACAGAGAGGAGAGAGGAGAGAGCAGCCAGCCAAUGAAAGAGGAGGAACUCAUUGCUCUCAUCGAUGAGGUUCUGAAGGACGAUGACAAAAACAAUGACGGCUACAUAGAUUACGCAGAGUUCGCCAAAUCGCUGGAGUAGAGCGUCUUUCUGUUGCUUCCCGUCCACGACGACAGCGAGGAAUCAGCAGAGAGGCUGGAGGGUGAGCGUACCUGCAGCCAAAACUGAGAAGCCGCACAACUUUUUAGAGGACCGUCUUUGAUUUCUUUCUUACAGAUUAUCGGUCAGGAGUAUCGAUCGUUCGUGAAACUUCUGACGGAUGAUUUUUCCAAGCUGAAUCAGCAGUAAUCUGAUAAAUGACAAAAAGGGUGGAACACAGGAUGCCCUUUGUUUCAGUCUGGUGGAGUCUUCCACUUCAUUAGGACCUUUUUUGUGUGUGUGUGUGUGUGUAGAUGCCAUUUCAAAGGGCCAGUUCACCUAAAUUGGUAUUUUUCUAGUUAAUCCUUAGCAGUAUACUUUCAGAUCUGAAUCCCCUGUUUUUUGGAGCUGCAUAUGUGCAGGUGGGGAGUUUUAAGGCGGCCUCAUUCACACACAAGCCCUGAACGACUGGAGGAGCAGUACUCCGAGUGUGUGGAUUAAAAAAACAAAGGAACAGGAAGUGAUUAAGGUACAACAAGCAGGUGGUUAACUGAGGCCUGGUUAACCGCCUGUAACUUCCGGUUUCCACAGUGAAGCUUGGACUUCACUAUAUUCUAAAUACUGUAUUCUAAGCAAAGCUGCCUUUGAUUUUGGGUGAACUGAUCCUUGACAUGUACAAAAGCUUGGGUAGAGUGUUUUCUUUUAGUGGUGCUACACUUUGAUUCUCUCUGGCAGCACAACAGUCUGUAAAUAGAGUGUCCUCACAUUAAAGGGGACCUGUUCUACUCAUUUCCAGUUCUAUAUUUUUAUUCUGGGACUUUCGAGAGUAGCUUUGUGUUAUUCAGAGUUCAGAAUAUGCCUUAUUGAUCUUUGAUUGGCCACUGCACAACCACAUUAAGGAUAUCUGUUCUCAUCGACAUCAUACUGAAAAUAAAAAAAGGUAAGUGGAGCGUUUAGAUCAAUCUGAAACCUGAGCUUUACUUUAAUAUACAGCCAAGAACAUCCAACACUGUAAAAGUGUAUUUAUAUGACAUGAUGGGUCCCCUUUAUGUGAAGUAGUUCUGCUUCAGACGGACACACUCAUUUACAAGCACACUCAUGCUGAACACAGCGGGCCAAAUGGUUCCUCCUGUCAAUCUGUUUAAUUUGCUGUUUGUGUGAGGACGGUUCCCAUGACAACAGAAAGUGACCUUGACUUGAUCACAGUCCGUAUGUUUGAUGUGAAGCCCGAGGCUGCAGGUUACAGUAGCAGAAAUACUGUCUGUGUUUCAGUUGUGACACCUUCCCGAUUAAAACGACAAAAAAAAUGAGCCGGCGUGAUAAUCGCAGAGUCAGCAGGAGCUCGACGCACACCUGUCCUCGCAGAGUGAAUGUAAAGCAGCGGCGUGUUGCAGAUUCUUCAUCACUGGAUAAGCUAGACUAAACGCACACUGCCGUUAGUUUUUAAAGCGGACUCUGUUUUACGGGCCUUCAGGAAAGGACUUGAACACAACACAUUUGCUUCAGACUUUAGCUGCCUUUAAAACAGACGUGAGUAUAAUAUGUCAGGUUAGGUCUGUUCAAUUCAUCUGUGAUUUCUUCUGAAGUAGUUUUAUUUUUUUGCCACACGUUGAUGACUUCUCUAUAUUUUUGCCAUCUAGUAUUAACUCUUCAGUCAACUCAGGUUUUUCUGAGUGCAAAUAUUUAAAAAGCAUAACAGAUGCGACUGUGUUGUCUCUGUAAUGUGAAAUAUUAAAAGAAGACUGUAUUCUGCAUACCUUU